AACCUGCAAUUGAACGGACGAACUAACGGAGGACCGAGCCCCUACCGGAGCUACCGGGAGGCAGCAGCAGUGAGUGGUGUUAACACAGCGAGUCCCCGCCGCCCGCGUCGGAGGAGCCAGAAGGGAGGAAAAGUCCGCCGUGAGCCGCCGUGAGAACCGAGCGAUGCGAGCGCUUCUCACCAGUAACGCCAACUAGUCACGAGUGGAGAAGAAGGGCUCCCGUUAUUGUGAUUUGCCGAACAUUAAAACCAGAGAGAGAGACGCCGAGACCACUCCUGAGAAGCAACCAGCUACGGAGGAGCUGCACCGUGUUGUUGUUGUUGUUUUUUUUUUGGGGUUGUUGUUGGAUCAAAACCCGAGUGGAUCCCCGAAUUAAAUGCUUUAACGGUGCCAGCGUCCCCGGUUUGAGAGAGAAAGAGGGAGCUGCCCAGAAAGAGACAGAGGGAUCACAGAGGUAGAAGAAGGAGGAAAUAAACCAAGAAAGGAAAAAAAGAGAAGAAGGAGAGGAAAAGGAUUUGCCACCAGCUUUGUUUCAUUAAUUUGUUGCGUUUUUUUUCUUUCUUGCGUGGAUCCCGGUACCGGUAACGCUAUCAAGCUGUGUUCUCUAACCAUGGGAUGUACUCUGAGCGCAGAGGAGAGGGCGGCUCUGGAUCGGAGCAAAGCCAUCGAGAAAAACCUCAAGGAGGACGGUCUCACCGCGGCCAAAGAUGUUAAACUGCUGCUGCUCGGGGCUGGAGAGUCAGGGAAAAGCACCAUCGUCAAACAGAUGAAGAUCAUCCAUGAGGACGGUUUCUCCGGGGAUGACGUAAAGCAGUACAAGCCUGUCGUUUACAGCAACACCAUCCAAUCUCUGGCCGCCAUUGUUCGUGCCAUGGAUACACUGGGCCUGGAGUACGGAGACAAAGAACGCAAGGCGGAUGCUAAGAUGGUGUGCGAUGUGGUCAGUCGUAUGGAGGACACGGAGCCUUACUCCGCCGAGCUGCUCGGCGCCAUGAUGCGUCUGUGGUCCGACUCAGGCAUCCAGGAGUGCUUCAGCCGCGCCCGAGAGUACCAGCUCAACGACUCAGCGCAGUACUACCUAGACAGCCUAGAUCGGAUCGGUGCGGCCGACUACCAGCCCACAGAGCAGGACAUCCUGAGGACCCGGGUGAAGACCACAGGCAUCGUCGAGACACACUUUACCUUCAAAAACCUUCACUUCAGGCUGUUUGAUGUGGGAGGUCAGCGGUCGGAGAGGAAGAAGUGGAUCCACUGUUUUGAGGAUGUCACAGCCAUCAUUUUCUGCGUGGCACUCAGCGGGUAUGACCAGGUGCUGCAUGAGGACGAGACCACGAACCGCAUGCACGAGUCUCUGAAGCUCUUUGAUUCUAUCUGUAACAACAAGUGGUUUAAGGAGACCUCCAUCAUCCUCUUCCUGAACAAGAAAGACCUCUUUGAAAGCAAGAUCUGCAAGUCUCCCCUGUCCAUCUGCUUCCCUGAAUACACAGGUCCAGAUACUUACCUGGAGGGGAUUGCCUACAUUAAGUCUCAGUACGAGAGCAAGAACAAGUCGACCAACAAAGAGGUUUACUCCCACGUGACCUGCGCCACGGACACCAACAACAUCCAGUUUGUCUUCGACGCCGUCACCGAUGUCAUCAUAGCAAAUAACCUGCGGGGCUGCGGCCUGUACUGAUGAUGCUCUAUGUGUCCAUCAGCUGGUGGAUGAUGGGUGGAUUUGGAGUUUGGAUUUACAAAUGCGGUACCUAUAUGCACCACAUGCGAUCAUCGUGAGACAGCCAUUCACUUGUGGAAACCCGGCCGUUCGUUUUUACCACAAGGGUGGCCAAAGCUCCACCUCAAAUUAAUCCCUUGGUUGGUUGUUGGUUGGUUAAUUGAUUCAUUGGUUGGUUGAGACAUCUUGUAAUCUAUUUUUCUUGUGUUAAAUCCUCAUGAAAGUCCCUUAAGAAGAACCAGUGGCACAUUCAGCGCCUAAACUCCAUAUCUCACCAGACAUUUUUAGUUUUUUUUUUUAUCAAUAUUUUAAUUUUACAAAGUUCUGGAGAUUUUAUUUGGACAUGGAAGUGCACACCUCUUCCAGUUUCAGCAAAUGUCCUCAAGAAUAACAAUAAUAUACCACUGCCCACAUGUAUUUCUAACUAUUUUGCUUUAAAUCUGAGUAUUCAUUCUCCUGUGCCUUAGAUUAACACAUGAAAAGCAACAUGUACAGUAAGUUUAUCCCAGUUUAAACUUGAACCGACUUUAUGAUGUGGACGAGGUUUCCACUGUUUAAACAUCGACACACCGGUUCAAAGAGAAGCCAAAUCACCUGUAAAGAAGAGAGGGGUGUGUUUAAAUGCAGACUAUAUAAUCUACUAUUUACAAUAUUUUUUGUUUUUGUAUGUCUUGUGUUAUUGUUUUGUUUACUGUUGACAAUAGUCAUAUUUGUGUAUGCUGCAAAAUGUCAGAGUGGUGCACAUAUCUGCGUUCUUUAAACUGAGUGGAAAUGCAAAAUGGCUGAUAUAUUAAAAAAAAAAAAAAAAAGUAGACAAUUGAAGUCUAAACAUAAAAUAAAAGAUCACGACCUACGACCCUCAUUUUGCCUAAUAUGGAUCUGAUAACUGUCUGCUAAGAGGCUGGCCAUGUUGUUUGGAAAAAGCGUCAUAACUGUCAAUUUUUAAUUAACAACCAUAUUGAAAUUGUUAAGUUAAGCCUUUCGUAUUUGGCCCUGGGUGCAUUUCAUUUCAGAGUAAACGUUUCUCUAUACCUAAGCCACAUUAUUUCUGGUUUUCUUCCUUGAUCCUAAACGUAUUCGUUAGUAUAGAUUCUCGACUCGGAGGCUGAGAUUCCUCCCAUCAUCACUCAUCCCUGUCGAAGUCGUCUCUGGUUCCCGGCUCAUGUUGCAGCAUGCAUGGGGCCACUAUAAAAUCACUUAAAACUAAGAGCUCCGAAAGCUUGUGCUGACUCAACCAGACAAUUCCCAGAUGAUGCUUCAGUGGAAGCAUCGAUUUCACGGGGCCGAAUCCAUUGUGUGGCGCUGCUACGCGGCGCAACAUCCCUCUUGUCCACUGCUCCACCUUAAAAAAAAAGCCAGGGGUGAUCUUUGAAAGAUUACGUGCCGGUGAGUAGACGCGCUCCUGUGGGACGAGGAUGUCACCCCCGUGGCUAUUGUUCUAGCCGUGAUGUUUUUUCGCUUUCUGCUGAGUGAGUCGCUCGAUGUCUCGGAGCUGCUUUGGCAUUUAGGUUUGAUGUAUCGCGCGGCUCGGGAAGAAAGGCAGAGCGAUGUGUUUUAUUUGCAGUUAACGGGUCACGUCUGGGCCUUAAGGCCAGAGAUGUGCACGCUGCUCGCUUUCUUGCCUCGCACAAAAGCUGACCUCCGUUGGUUGGCUGAACUGCCCGCGCGUUUGGGGGGGAGAGCUCCCCGGCAAACAGAGGCAGGGAGCGUCGUUAUUUAUUCAUGAGCGGGACAUUUGCUUUAUUCCACUCAUCCCUCCACUCUCAAACAGCGAGGGCGUGCCUUCGCCCUCCGCUCCAAGCUGCACAUUUUUCUUUUUUUUUUUACACAGGUAGAUGACAUCAUCAGCUCGUCCCACCGUGUCUGUGCCAAAUUUCCUAAUUAGAGACUGAGAGCAGCCCGAGGCUGUUGCUGAGCUGACGCCUGGUAUGCGUCUGUGUGUAUUCUGUGUGUGUUUACAGAUUGUGUACAGUUACCUACGUGUGUGUCUCCUGGUAGUACAGGAAAGGUCAGUGUAUGUGUGCGCGCGUGUGUGUGUGUGUGAGCGUACGUGCUUAUAAACUUGUGUUGAGUAGGAGAGAGCAUCGGCCCAUGGGUGUCGUGCUGGAGUCUGUGUCCAUAUCUGUGGAUUAAUUACCCAGAAGGCACCUGUCUACCCUUUCCGCACACGCACACACGCUGCUGCGCGCGCACCGAAGACACAAACACGCCCGUGGGACUUCAAAAUGUCACAACACCGCACUUGCCAGUGCCACAUAAUACCACCAACCAAAGGGACUCAGAUGUUCUUUUGACUCUUUUGCCAAACACGAAGUUUUUGUGGAGGGGAACCUGUCACACGAUGUGUAAAGAUGAUUAUCUGUUUAUGCGCCGGCUUUGCAUUGGCUUGCUUUAGGAAGAUAAAAACCCAUAAACAUAUACAAACAAAGUAUUUAGUCAUGAAUAAUUGCGUUAAUUCACCUUUUUACUUUCCCUCCUAGUUUAGUUUGCAGCUCUCUAAUAUUUUCUCCCCAUCUAUGUCUGCUAAUAGGAAAUUCCCUCUAAGCAUCAUUUCAUGGGGACAUUGCAGUUACCAUCAAACGAAUAAUCCCCUUGAUCUAAAUUGUUUUUCAGUAUGGUUAUGCCUUUGGUUUUUAUAUCCCUGAGAGCCGGCCAUUCAUCCGUUUCUUGUGUGUCUGAUGGAGCCGAUGAUGCGCUUCUGUUUAAUCAAUGCGGCUGCGACGCGUUUCAGCGAAUUAACUCUGAAUGCAUCCUGUGUAAGCCGCUGCCGCUCCGCUGAGGUGCCUGUCCAGCCAGCGCUGGGCCCAGGUUGUGACAACAUGGGCAAAUUUUCACCCGUGUUAAGGUGGCGAGCUCCGCUUCGCAGCCACAUGAAAGGAAAUGCCUAUAUUUGCGUUUACCCUUGGGGUGGAAAUGGCAGCGUGCUGCUCGAGCUUUAUCUUCCAAGUUCUUUCGUGCCUGCGUUAACCUCGGGCUGCACACAGAGAGAAAUGCGUUCAUGCUGCCGCUGUUCUUCGGUGGCGUGCCAAAUCGGCCUGAGCGACAUCAGAUGCAUUGUAAAUGCGCCCUUUAUUUUAAUUACGGUUUUAAUUCAAUACAAAUCACUUACAGUAAACGGGCCAAUAUUAAAGUUUUUCCAGAGCCUUAGAUCAUUCCCAAAACCAGAUUUCAUGCUGCAUUUAUGCUUGUUCUGUCAUCAAAAAAAGCUCUUACACACAAAAGAAAGUCAGUUGGAAAAUGCAGUUUUUAUUGCACGUGGAUGUUCUUGUCUGCAUUUCAUUACAACAUGAUCAUUUAUAACUAAGAAACACAGACGUGAUGUCUCGGUCUGAGACAAAACUGGCUUAGGAAACACUUGCAGAGCUAGGAGCCAACACACCAACACACACAGAACAAAAAGUCAUUAAAGAAGGAAGAAGGAGCACAAAUAAGUUCUUGCAGCGUAGUCGCAGCUAUUAAGCACAACAACUCCAAUUUGGCUCUUUGUCUCCCCGAAAAUUAGCACUGUAAAGGAGGUUGCGUGUCAACCUUCUCCAAAGCUAAGACAAAAAUGUUUUUUUGCAGUUUGAAUUAGGAAGUUGUCUAAUUGGGGAGAUUCUUCCCUGCGCCGGCGUGUGCAGGCCUUUACGAAUCUGAAACACAGCAGCAAGAUCUAGGAAAUAUGAGGUCUGUAUAAAUAACUGGAUGAAAAAACAAUCUCACUGUGCAUUUAAUAUGUGAAGCAAAAAUGAUAUGUUCCAAACUUACGAACAUCAGAUCUCCUCACAUUGUUGUUAUUUCUUAGCCUUAAAUCUCCGUGUUCUGUCUGUCUCUGCAGCACUGUAGCCCUAAAGCUAUUAGUGGUUUAUGAGGUGAGGCCGGCAUUGACUUUUACCACACACAAGAACUAUGAGAUGAUGUGGGCAUGUGUUUAUCUGUCUGCGCUUUUCACAACCUGUCCCCGACUCGUGAUGAAUUACCAAUAAAUCCCGAACAGCAGGGAGAGGACGUGAGUAACCUAGUUUAUGUCCUGCUUGUGUCUUGAUGAAAAUUAAUGGAUUGCUAUUGGCUGCAGUGAUGGAGAAAUUUGUGGGCGAUGCAGUCUGAGUCUCCCGUUUGUUUUUUUUAGUUUUUUUUUCGCUGUGUGCACAAUGCAAUCAGCUGUCCAUUCAGGUAACAAAGUUGUCGCCGUCUGGCUGCUUCUCUGGACGGCAGGUGGUGUUAGAAAGGAAAUGUUAGUGCCUUCGGUGGUGUCAUUGCCUUAGCAACACAAAAAGCUGUCCAAUGGCAGCCAAAUGAAGAAGUCCUCGGACUGAAUCCAGUGCCAAACGUUUCCCAGGGUGGAUUUAAAUGAGCACCUGUGGUGUCUUUCGCUGACUUAUUUAUGCUUCACAUUUAGAGAGUUUUGCUUGUAAAUGCUUUCGAGUCAUCCUACGAUAUUCAUUUCCCGAUCGCCAACUGAUGUAAUGAGCACUUAAGCCUCUGCAGAGCACAGGAGAUCCCCGCUCUGCGUCUGGACCGGGAGAGAAGUCAGAGAGCUGCAGGGCGCGUACACGAUUGUAACGAACUUGGGCAAAAUUAACGAGGCUGAGUUUACACUGGAGUGUGGAGGACUGCUGUCCUCUGCCCCCGCUCUGGUCUCUCUCCUGCAACUCGAUAAGACCUCAACCCUCCAAUGACAAUUUAAGUCGGUUGUUUACUCUCUGCCGAUACCAACCAACGCCCUUCUGUAGUGUACAGCGAAAUCUACGAAACUGUUAUUUGAGAGGGUGUGUGUCUGUGUGUGCGCGUGCAAGAGUGAUCAAAAUGUAUCUGCUGUAACUCCCUCACUGUUGUAAUAAUUUAUUGUAUUUAUAUAUAAAAAAAAUGAUAAUAAAGCACCACAUGAAUAACUUGA